UGAGAAAUCAGACAACCAAAGGAGAUUAGCUUCUUUCCUUUCCUUUUCCCCUUCACCUUUAUUUUCUUCCUGCUUCUGCUAAGCAUCUUUUUUUCUCACUUUUUAGCUCCUCUAUCAUUCUUGUUCAUUCUUUACCUUCCUCUUGGUUAAAAAAAAAAGUAUUUUCCCUUAGGUUCUCUUGCUUUAAUUUGAUACUUUGAUUCCAUACUUCCCUCUUAUUUCUUUCCAUUUCUUCAGCUGUAACCUGUUAGUAAAAUCUUUGAUUCUUGUUGAGCUUUGUCUCUCUGGCAUUGAUCAUUUGAUCACAAAGUCUAAUUCCUUUUCUUAUUGGGAUUUUCUCUUUUCCCUAGGAAUUGUUCUUGGACCUUAAAUACCUUUGCUCAAAAUCUUUGUUGAUCCCUUCUUGGUUCUGCUGUUCUAAGCUUAAAAAUCCCACUUUUUCUUGUUUUUCAGUUCCAAGAUUGUGACUUUCUUACUUCUUCAAUUGUUGGGUGUCUGAGAAUUCCCUUUUUUUUCAUUUGUUUGGUUAUUUGUAGUUUGUAUUCUAUUUGUUUGAGCUCAAAACUCUUGAGAAUUUGCUCUUGUUUCUUUUUCUCCUUGUAAUGGUUUAAUUCUCAGUAUUUCCCUGUUAGUUCUUGGUAUAAAGUUUUUAACUUUACUUCUUCUGUUUUUUUCCUUUUGAUUAAUUGAAUUCUGUUGAUCCUAUCUAAAUUGUGUUCUUGAUUCCAUGGGACUUUGUCAUGGAAAACCCAUUGAACCCCCACAAAACUUGUCUGAAAAUCCCAUAAUUCCCAUUGAUAAUGAGACUGAAUUGAGUUCCCACACUGGGAAAACACCAAAAUUUCCUUUUUACAGCCCAAGUCCUUUGCCUAGUGGAUUCAAGAAUUCCCCAGCUUCCAAUUCUAGUGUAACUUCAACCCCUUUGAGAUUUCUCAAACGCCCAUUUCCACCACCAUCACCAGCUAAGCAUAUAAGGGCAUUGCUUGCUAGGAGGCAUGGCUCAAUUAAACCUAAUGAAGCUACAAUUCCUGAGGGGAGUGAGUGUGAUAUUGGUUUGGAUAAGAAUUUUGGAUACUCAAAGAAUUUCUUAAGCCACUAUGAGCUUGGAGAAGAAGUCGGAAGAGGCCAUUUUGGUUAUACUUCUGCAGCUAAGGGGAAAAAAGGGAGUUUGAAAGGGCAUGAUGUGGCUGUUAAAGUUAUCCCAAAAUCAAAGAUGACCACAGCAAUUGCAAUUGAGGACGUAAGGAGAGAAGUCAAAAUAUUGCGUGCUUUAACAGGACAUAGGAAUCUGGUUCAAUUCUAUGAUGCCUAUGAGGACGAGGAAAAUGUUUAUAUAGUCAUGGAGUUAUGUAAAGGAGGAGAAUUACUGGACCGGAUACUUGCAAGGGGUGGGAAAUACUCUGAAGAAGAUGCCAAAGCUGUCAUGGUGCAGCUUCUAAGCGUGACAUCAUACUGUCAUCUUCAAGGGGUUGUUCACCGUGACUUAAAGCCUGAGAACUUCCUUUUUGUUUCUAAGGAUGAGAACUCUCCUUUAAAGGCCAUUGACUUUGGUCUUUCUGAUUACGUAAAACCAGAUGAAAGGCUUAAUGAUAUUGUUGGAAGUGCAUACUAUGUUGCUCCUGAGGUUUUGCAUAGAUCUUAUGGAACAGAAGCGGACAUGUGGAGCAUUGGUGUAAUUGCCUAUAUUCUUCUCUGUGGAAGCAGACCUUUCUGGGCGCGAACAGAGUCUGGUAUAUUUAGGGCCAUCCUGAAAACUGAUCCAAACUUUGAAGAAGCCCCUUGGCCCUCUUUGUCUUCUGAUGCAGUAGACUUUGUAAAAAGAUUGCUGAAUAAGGAUUACCGCAAAAGGCUAACUGCAGCUCAGGCUCUCAGUCAUCCUUGGUUGGCUGGUUAUCAUGAUGUGAAGAUUCCUUUGGAUAUGAUAGUAUAUAAGCUUGCAAAAGCUUAUGUAUAUUCGUCUUCUCUUCGAAAAGCUGCUUUAAGGGCUCUUGCUAAGACAUUGACUAUACAACAGCUAGCUUAUCUUCGGGAUCAGUUUACAUUAUUAGGGCCAAGCAAAAGUGGACUUGUAGCUCUAUCAAACUUCAAAAUGGCUGUGAUGAAGAAUGCCACCGAUGCAAUGAAGGACUCAAGGGUUUUCGACUUUGUCAAUACGGUGAGUUCUCUUCAAUACAGAAAGUUGGAUUUUGAAGAAUUCUGUGCUGCUGCGAUAGGUGUACAUCAGCUUGAGGGAAUGGAAAGCUGGGAGCAACAUGCUCGUCGUGGCUAUGAGUUCUUCGAAAAGGAAGGGAACAGGCCUAUUAUGAUAGAAGAACUCGCCUCGGAGCUCGGGCUUAGUCCUUCAGUUCCAGUUCAUGUAGUCCUGCAGGACUGGAUAAGGCAUUCUGAUGGGAAGCUCAGUUUCUUGGGAUUUGUCAGGCUUCUGCAUGGAGUUUCUUCGCGUACAUUUCAGAAAGCUUAGAAUAUAACCUUCCUUUAUGAAUUUAUCCAAUGCUUCAUCUAGCCUUCAGACUAGUAAAUCGAAGAAUCAAAGUCUUGUUGCUUGAUUGAAUGGUGGCAAUAGAUGAUCUGUUAAAUGCUGAUACAGCUGGUUUACGACGAAGCUACAGAUCCUAUUUGAUAAUGCAUGGCAUUAGCAGCAGCAUAUUGGUGUCAAGUCUUAUUGUAAUUCUUCUAUUCUUCAAAUGUUGGAUGGCAUACCACUUAAGAGGAUUGUACAGAUGAGGAUAAUCAGAAAAAUGUAAGUAGGGUCAGAAAAGACAGCUGAAAGCUGAGAUGAGUUUUUGUGGCUUCCGAGUGUAAAGCCUUGUUUACCAUUCCAUUGGCUUAAUAAAUUCUCUUUAUUGUGCCUGUAACCUUAGAUCCUUAAAUCUUAAUAUAUGGAUGCAUUAGCAGUGUCGGUUUAUUGUCGAA